AUGUAUAAGCAACCAUUGACGAAACAACUUACGUCUCACCCUCUGGUGUUGCUUCAGCUAAACCCUUAUUACAAACUCGUGGCUCUGAAGUUCCCCAUUCCCCUUUCCGCAGCCUCGGCUGUUCCCGCUCGUGCGGCGCCAGUCAGAAACGAUAUGGCCGACGUCGCUACAGUGUUGACCGGCGUCGCAGACAAGAGAGACGAUACUAGCCUUCCGAAACGCGAAGAUGCCAGCGUAGGCGAUGUCGCUACGGUCUUGAUCGGUGUAGCUGAGAAGAGAGAUGAAAACCUCAACCGGGAUGAGUCUGGCGUGGUGGACGUUGGUACAGUUCUCAUCGGCGUUGCUGAAAAAAGAGAAGCUCACGAGACGCCUCAGAGCAGGAGUAAACGUGCUGUUCACGGUGCUUUUGCGAAAUUUGUUGAAGAGUCUAAGGCCGAGGCACACCCGCAAGACGUGUUUGCGUAG